UAAGACUAGGAUGAAAAACUUCGUGAGACGAAAUUAGAAAUCCUCCUCAAGUCUUCUCUGUGAUUUCGGCAUCAUUUCAUGGUACUUUCGUUCUUUGGACCAAAACACUUUUGAUAAAUCCCUCCACAGAGAUCAAACCUCGGACCAAGCUCAAUUCUCCUUCUGCAAACUCAACGAUCUGGUAUUUGAAUUUGAAGCCAUGGAUGACAUAGUUGAUUGGUCUGAACUUCCCCUAGAGCUAUGGCCCAAGAUCGGAAAAUCUCUGGAAAAUCACAUGGAUGUUGUGAGGUUUCGCAGUGUGUGUGAGUCAUGUAGAUCUUCUAUCCCUCUCUCUCUUCCCAAUUCUCCUUCUUUUCCUAUGCAGAUUCCUCAGCCCAUGAACCAAUCCAUAGAAACCGUGCUCAGCCAAGCCACAGUCUUUGUUAUUGAACCAAGCUUUGGAGCCUCCAACUUGGAGCCCUUGGCACCUUCUUCCAAAGGGUGGCUGAUCAAGGUUGAAGAAUCAAAGAAUCAUUCCUUAACUUUGCUUAGUCCAAUAUCCGAUCGCAAAAUCUUGUUCCCUCAUGGCGCUACUUCUCCCAUGCUGUGGAACUUGUUGGACUAUCGGGUCACUGAGUUAUGCAAAUCAUACACCAUUCACAGUCGCUUAUCUGCCACUGUGAGCAAAGUUGUGUUCUUUCCCAAUUCCCCUUGGAUUGCUGUUGAGGAUUCCAUGGCUUGUUGCAUCUUUUUGGAGGGGAGGUUGGGGUUCUUGAAACACGGAGAUGAGAAAUGGACUCUUGUGGAUGACAAAAACUUCUUCUACGACGAUGUUAUCGUGUUCAAGAGUCAGUUUUAUGUCACUGACAAGUGGGGUACCAUUUCAUGGGUCGAUACCUCUUCCUUGAAGUUGGUGCAGUUUUCUCCUCCGUUGUGUGGCUUUGGGAACAAGAAGCAUUUGGUGGAGUCAUGUGGGAGUCUCUACGUUGUUGAUAGGUUCUACGAAAGUGAACCCCCCAGAAGAUGGAACUACGUUGGACGUGCGGAUCGUGAUGCUGCAGUGGAGUUUUUCAAGGUUUAUAAGUUGGAUGAAGAGUGGGGAACGUGGGUGGAUGUGAAAAACUUGGGGGAUAGAGCGUUUGUUUUGGGUAAAAGUUGUAGUUUCUCUGUUCCUGCCAAAGAGAUAACGGGGUACCAAGAGAAUUGCAUCUAUUUCACAGAUAUCUUUAACGUUCGUGCGUACAACUUAGAGGAUCGUAGUAUUGUGGCCAUUGACUUUGAUCCCUGCAUUGACAUGUCUCUGUGUCCUAACUCAUCUUUGCUCAGAAUUGGAGGACAAAAUCAGCUUCGCAAUAACUGAGUUUAAAAGAUAUAAAGUGCUAAUAGGUUUGAUAACUAUACUGAGAUAUGAGCUUUGUUGACGUAACGCAACUGUGCAAAGCUUUUGUGUGGACCCUCUCCCAGAAGAAGUGCAGACACACUACUGUUUGGCAUACAAAAGGAGUUUUAUCUUGAGUUGUGGAAAAUCACUUUUCCUGUUGAGAAAUUAUCGGUUCAUUUGCCGAAUGACCCCAUGUCACAAAUUGGUUGAGAUGAAAAGCUAUAAUACAACUGGUUUGUUCUACGUGAUCUGAUAAUUUUGACUCUGUAUCUUAUUACAAGAAUCAAGAACAAAAUAGUGGUAUUUGUUCCACUUAGUGUAUAACGAGCCUGUGUUCAAAAGUGAUACAUCUUCUCUUGCUACAAUCAAGUACGUCUG